AUGGCACCCGCCGACCUCACCCACCGGCCAAAAAGCCGAUUGACAGGGAAACUGCAGCGAUCGACAAGGAACCUUGUCGGUCGUUCAACAGCAAUGUGGGAUGAUUCAAAAUAUCGUUAUCACCAAUCGACAAUGGAAACAUGGCACAAAUCAGCAGAUACGUUAAAUGAUUCAAAGGAUCGGUGUCAGAGGUCAGCUAAAUCGAUAAUAUAUCGAUCGGUGUCAAAAUGGAAUCAAUCAGCAGAUCAAGUAUAUCGAGCCGCUCGCAUCGAAGACACGAAACAGCAUGCUACAGCAAGCGAUGUGAAACCCCGAGAGCAAGUGUUUUCACAGUCACGGUUUUACUCACGGAUACUCAACUCGCAACCAAUAAACCCAUCUCCAAUCCCCGUAUCACCAUCCACAAAAGUCCCAUCAAUCAAAUCUGUCUCUGUCUCUGUUUCUUCACUAUCUCCGGAGGAACAGAUAGGAGGGUUUUACGAAGCAACCGUGCUCGUCAAUUCCACGGCGGAGCAGACAAGACACUUGCGGGAUGACAAAAGGACAGUCCUAGGCGAGAUUGAGCUUGAGUGGAUCGACUCGACCAUCACCGAUGCCGAAAAUGGAGCCAAUGAUUUAGCUGCGUUUGUGAACCAGUUUAGACAAGUCAGGUCCCGAGCCCACACAAUCUGGAAGCGCCGUGACUAUGAACUUGCCCUGAAAAAGGAAUCCCGCAUGCUUCUUUCUCAUGAAAAACUCGAGACGGUUCUUGGCCACCUUCACUCACUACCAACCACUUUGAGCAAGGACGAAUCUUUCUUCUCUCCAUCUGAGGUCUCAAUGGUCGCUCCUGCGAUCCCAGAGCUCCCAUCUAAGACGAGUGUAAUAUCUCUCCUUGAGCUUCCAGGGUUGUCCCAUGUGGAAGCUGAGAGACCUAUACCGAAAAUUGUCGUGACCCAACAUGAUGGUGAUCAUGAGGAUAAUGUUAUAUACUCGCAUAUCGACGAAAGUCCUCCCCCAAGCUAUGAAGCAAGUGGGUUGAAUAGCACGGCAGAGUCACGGUGA